AUGUGCACAAAGCGCGCAUGCCAGGAGACUCCCGGGGACGUCCGGGAGUCCCACCGCUAUUACGAAGGGUGCGUCCCUAACGUGACAGUCACACAUCUGAAAUCAGGAGCUCAUCCAAAUGACACCAGAUUGAGUCUGAUGGAGCCUGUGGACUGGAAACCUGGAGACGAAGUUGUGGUUUGUGGAGGAGGCCUUGGAGAUGCUCAGGAGCAAGAGGAGGUCGUCACUGUCAAAUCUGCCAAGGGCACAGACCUCCACAUCACAUCCCCACUCAGGUAUCCUCAUGGCAUUUCUGAAGAGCAGGUGUUAGGAGAACGUCUCAAUUUGAGAGCCGUUGUGGCACUACUGACCAGAAGGGUGGUCAUUCGAGGAAACGUCACCAGCGAGAGGAUUUCCCACUGGAAGCAGUGCAAAAAAGCAGGUGUCUCAGGGGGCAAGAGAGAUGUCUCAAAAUGUCUGUACAAGACGAGUGAAAGGAAGCUUGGAUCUCGGGACAUGGGAGCUGUGGUCAUUGUGCAGUCCUCUCACAGUGAGGGGAGCCAGCUCCGUUUGGAAGGCGUGCGGUUCCAGCAUGUGGGUCAAGCAUUCCGGAAAGAUCUCAGCGCGCUCACCAUUGCCGGGAAUGCUGAUAUGACCGACUCUUACAUUCGGGACUGCGUUGUGCUGGAUUCUUUUGCUCGGGGAAUUAGCUUUUCUGGGGUAUCACGUCUCAGGGUGGAAAAUAACGUUUUAUACAACAUCGCGGGCCAUGGAAUUCGUGUGGGAGAGCGGCUGGAUCAAAAGAACCAAUUAAAGCGCAAUACAAUUAUUGGACUGUCUGGAACUGACGGGCUGUCCAAUAUUGAAACCUUUUCACCUGCUGGGAUCUAUAUCCAGGCUCCUGAUAAUUUGAUAGAGCUGCACUCAUUGGCUUUGGCUGCUACGGGAGAAGGAGAGCCGGCCAGUGCAAUUAAUGUUCGGCGAGUAUGCACGCUCUGCUCCUCUCCUUCUCCUGUAGUGGCCAAGGUGAAUGAGUGUGGCCGCUGGCUCACGCUAACUCAGCUUAGAGGGAACAACCUGCAGCUUCGGGCAUUCCUCCUCUGUGCCUGCCAUGACUUCAGAGUAGACAUCGUUGAAAGCCUCGGAAACACCUCUAUGGUCAACAGGUUGUUCCUGGGCCGCUUGCGGGAAACGGAUGAGAAGGUCCUGGAGUUUAUGACCAGCGUGGACCAGCAAAAAGAGCAGAGAAAUGGGAAAAGGGAGUGCAGUGGCCCUUGGCGCCUGAGGGCCAUCACCCGUGAAGAGGGGCCCCUGCCCCCCAUUAACUUCAUAGCCAUGAAUGGAAGCUGUAUGUUUACCGGGCUGAAAACUCCCAAAAGGCGUGAGCUAUUGAUUUCUAAUGCAACCUUUGUGAACUUUGACAUUCUCAACUGCACCGCAAUCGCCCCCUGUUCUGGCUGUCAGCGGGGUCAGGGUGGAUUUACUGUGAGAGCAGAACAGGUACUCCUCUUAAAUGCACCAAACUGGAUAUCGUUCCCGUCCCCUCAUUCGGCCAUUCUUGAAGAUCUAGACGGAUCCAUCACGGGACAGGAGGGGAGUUGCCUCCUUCCCUCCAUGGAUAUACUUCCAACUUCCUGUAGGGCCAGCGUCAACACCACUCAAACCACCAGGGGCAGCAUUUGCGCUGGAAGUUACAUUUUUCACCGCAUGUCCAUUGGCCUAAAGGCCUCUGUCUGUCCUUACAAUUUAAAAGUGACUGAUAGCCGUAAUAAGACGACGACCGUCAAUUAUGUCCAUGACACUCUGUCAAAUGCCCAUGGCUGGAUGGCCAUCCUCCUGGAUCGGGAGACGUAUACUCUGUCAUUUGACAGCCCUCUGGCCAAUGCGAAUCUACAGAACUCGCUAAAACUGGGGGUUCCGAAAACGUGGGAUCCGAUUCCUCCACCUCCACCACCAACUCCUUCGCAUUUGAGAUGGUCUCUUCCUGCAUCUUGGGAUGGGGUGCCGGAGAGCUGGGGUGGCUACAAUAGCGGCAUCCCGUUGCCUGGCGAUGAUGUCAUUAUUUUGCCAGGCAAAACCGUCCUGGCGGACACGGCUCUCCCUCCUCUCCGAGGUCUCUACAUCCUGGGGGCCCUCGAAUUCCCUUCAAACUCCAGCAACGUUCUCAGCGCCGCCUGCAUUCUCAUUGCCGGUGGCGCUCUGAGAGUCGGGACGUUACAGAAUCCAUUAGAAAGAAGAGACAAGCUGCAAAUUGUCCUUCGGGCGUCUGAGAAGGUUUAUUGCGAUCGAUUGGAUGGAAUAGGUGUCCCUCCUGGAAGUGUUGGAGUUUACGGGAAGCUGCAGAUGCAUAGUGCUUACACCAGGAUCUCUUGGACACGCCUUGGAAAUGAUGUUGCCCCUGGAAACGAAAGGUUUUGGGUACAAGACCCGUUGGACUGGCAUCAGGGGGACAGCACUGUCAUCAGCUCCUCUUCUUACGAAGCCCACCAAGCGGAAAUAACCACUUUGGAAGAGGUCAGCGGUCAUAGCAUUAGAAUCCGCGAACGUCUUCUCUACAGGCAUCUAGGACAUUCCCACCGAUUAGAAGAUGGGCAACCGAUUCCUCUGGCUGCGGAAAUCGGGCUCCUGACGAGGAAUAUACAAAUCAAAACCGACAGCGAUUGCACUGGGAGGCUUCUAGUGGGCAGCUUCAGAAAUGCCAGUGGGACUGAAUAUACAGGUGUGCUGCAGCUUUCCAACGUCGAGAUCCUAAGCUUUGGAUCUUCCCAGUUCCCUGCAGUGGACAUCACGAGUGCGUCCUCUGAGUCCUUCAUCAUCUCCUCCAGCAUUCACCUAAGCUGCGGGGUCGGCAUCCAAGCAGUGGCAAGCAGCGGCCUCUUACUGCGGGACAACGUGGUAUUCGGCACAGCCGGUCACGGCAUUCACUUGGAAGGCCAAGACCAUUCUCUCCUCAGGAAUCUGGUCGUUCUGAGCCAGCAGCCAGAGGGGGCACCCUCCUGGGUGGCCGGCAUCAAAACCAACGCGGUCGAUAACGCCCGCUUACGCAGUAACGUCGUGGCAGGUUCCGAACGGAUCGCCUUUCACAUCAGAGGGCAGGAAUGCUCCUCAGCGGAAGAGCUUUGUGGUGACAACGUGGCUCAUUCAAGCCUUCACGGGGUCCAUCUGUCCAGAAGAGACGGCUUUCCUAACUGCACCAAAAUCGCAGGCUUCCUGGCCUACAAGAACUACGACUACGGGGUCAUGUUUCACCUUGAAGGAAACGUAGCGGUAGAGAAUGUGACACUGGUAGACAACAGUGUCGGUCUUCUCCCGGUUUUGUUCUGCCCCUCCACUGAGCCGCGGUGCCACCUCGGGAAACAGCACGUCAAACUUAGGAACUCGCUACUUUUGGCCACCAGCUCUUCUUUCGAUUGUAUCAAGGACCGGAUCCACCCCCUUUCAGCUCACCUGACAAUGCGGGAUCGAGCGCCGCGUAGUCCUUGGAGGGGUCGUGUCGGGAUUCUGUGGCCUCCUUUUACCUCUCAGCCCAGCUGCUGGCCUGAUCAUCCGUGGCAUAAAAUUCGCAAUUAUUCGGCAGUGCUAGGAAUCAUGACGUUGCAAGAUGUCACCUUUGCUGGCUUUAGGAAGACUUGCUACAGCGAUGACAGAGACGUCUGCAUCAUGACCAGUCCUGACAGCAGGGGCCUACUGCAUGUGAUCACAUCGAAGAGGACAAGAAUGCUCCAAGUCAACGAAGAGAAUGUGUUUCACUUUUAUCCGUCGCAAACUGGAGAAAAUGAGUCAAGUGUUGACUCGUGCGUCGAUGGGAUGUGUGUGGGUUCGAGAAAAGCCCUCUUCAAAGAUUUGGAUGGCAGUGCCCUUGGAUUGGACCCACCCGUGUCUGUUUUCCCAAGGUCGGAGUCUGAGUGGGAGCAGCCAUGUUUGGAUGCUGGCAUUUAUAGAGAAGACAGAAAAUGCGUCUACAAAGCUUCAGCGAAUGGAUAUUUCUGUAGGGAAACCAGCCAUGCAAUGGUGAUUUUGGAAAGUAUACGUACCAACGCUGGCCACAGGAAGUCUCCUCCCCCGGUAUUGGUGACCGGCACCUUUGUGGAUAUCUUCAAUGAUGCCGUCUCAUCUUCUCCCCAUGCCUCAAAACACUCGUCGGUAUUUUACUCUAUAUUACCAUCCAACAAGCUCUCCAAAAUUUGUUUUGCCAGCGCAGUGGCUCGCUCAUUAAAACUGUAUGUUAACAGCGGUCACAACUCCACCAGGAUUCUCUUAGCGAUCUUCUAUGACGAACCGCGAAGCUUUCGCGUCUUUGCCAAAGGGAAGUAUAUCUCACCAGCCCGUUCAUCGUCCGUCCCUUCCUCAGCAAACGCCGUAACAGGAACCAAUUACUUUAGCUUUCCGGAGAACCUUCUAUAUGUUGCCGUUUCUCAGGAAGACCCCGUCGAGAUAUACACUCAGAGCUCCCUUCAUAUCGCUUUCACUGUGGCGGAGACCAUCGGAGCAGAGAGUCGGAAAAUGGCGACUGAGCGUCUGGCUGGUUUUUUACAGAUUGGGCACAGCCAAAUCAGAACCGUCCACGACUCGCCAGGAAGUGAGAACACGUUAAAGGUUAUGGCGGACAGUGCCGCUAAGCGCAAACACCAGUGCUCCACGAUGCAGUCUUGCAUGGUCCCCCGUCAAAGGGCUGGCCAACAGAGAAAUCUAGUCGGUUUGAUGGGGAGUUCCCAGCGGUCCCUUCCGGGGACUGGUUUAAGAGUACUAAUCCUGGAGAUCAGUGAUCCGCCAUCCCUUCCGAGCGACAGUCUUGUUUCCUCGUUUUCAAGCAAGAGAUUAAACAGCUUGGCCGAUAUUCUUGUCCAUGCCCAGCAGGUCGGUGAACUUCAACGAGCCCUCCAGUUGCCAGUGGACUCUCUGGUGGUAACGGUUUUUGUCACUUCAGCAGAGGGAAAUUCUCGAAAUGGAAGCAGUGAAACUCGAAGAACUUGCCUGUAUGUCAGGCCUUACAACCUCUCUCUCUGGAUUCAGCCUUCUGAUGGAGUUGUGGGUCGACCACUGCCCAGGCAGCCACAGGUUGUGUUCCUGGAUAAGCAGGGUCAGCGAAUUCUAACAUUAGGCUUCCCCUCCAAAUCGUGGAUUGUGGCAGCUCAUCUCCAAGGCGAUCCAAAUGCUGUGCUGAAAGGUUUGGACAUCUGUGUGGUUCUAAGCGUCGCCGGGACACAUUCCUCUCUCAUUCACGAAAGGAUUAGGAGUGUUUAUUUCCUUGAUAAGUGCAUCAGGGACUUUGUCUGUGCCCCAUAUAGACCCAAGUGGACUUCUACCAAGUGGAGAGCCAGUUUGGUGUAG